ACUAUGAAGUAUUAGAAAACGAUAUUUUAACUUGUUCUCCAGUGUUUUACUGGGGAACAGUAUUUGAACUGGGAGAUACUAGGUCUCCUAAUUUGAAUGAAAAAGUUAAUUAGAACACAGAAAGGAAUUUCCUUCCUUCGUCAAUAAUAUUUCCUGUUUGCCAUUAUCAACACCAACGCAAAUUGCUUACGAACAAUUUCGUGCUUAAUUAAAGCAGAGCAGCGAUUGCCUUAGCGUUGAAGGAUUAAAACAACUAUUUUAAUAUAAAUUAACAAGAAACAAUGAAUUGUUUGCCAGUGAAUUCUGCUUUAAUUCUACUUCUCUUGAUUUUUGUUGAGGUCGUACAACUGAACGGAUACGUCAUUGAUAGCAGAUCCAUUCAUAAACAAGAUCCCGAUGAAGAAAUUCCCCAUUCGGUUGAAAGGAUUUCUUAUGCAAAAAGAGGCGCCGUUAGUGAAAAGUGGAGACUUUGGGACGAAGCUGUUGUUCCUUACGCAUUCCAUCCGGAAUUACCCGAAAAAACCAGAAAAGAGUUUUAUGAAGCCUCGAAAGAUUGGGAAUCUGUUACGUGUUUAAAAUUUGUACCCGAAGAAGAAAAUCAUAAAUACAGCAUCUACGUCGAGCCCACUGGAGAUUGCGGUUGUUGUUCAACUUUAGGUAGAUUCGAGAAAAGACAAACUUUCGUGUUACACGAUUCGUGCAGCACCACGGGGGUAGUCAAGCACGAACUUGGCCACGCGAUCGGAUUUCAUCACGAACAAAGUCGUCCCGAUAGAGAUAAAUACGUAAAGAUUUUAUAUGAAAACAUCGACGAAGCUUUUCAUAGCGAGUUUCAGAAGGUAUCAAGUUCCGCGAUCGAUUCUUUAGGAUUCGGUUAUGACUUCGGAAGUAUUAUGCAUUAUCCUUCAAAUAUAUUUAGCAAAAAUGAUAAAGCAACUAUGGAAUCUCUUAACGAAUCAAUUCCUAUAACAGGAAAUAGUGGAAAGCUUUCUAAAAUUGAUAUUGCACAGACUAAAAAACUUUACAAUUGCCCAGCUUGUUAUUUUAGUUUAAUAAAUUCGAGAGGAAUAUUACAUAGUUCUGAAGCAUCAGAAGAGCUAUCUACAACAGAAGGGAACAAAUGCCAAUGGUUCAUCAAGGUAAACGAUGUGAAGAAGAUCAGUUUUACUCUUGAUUAUACUUCCGAGGACGAGGAUUGUUCUUCAGAAUACCUUGAGCUUCGAGAUGGAUAUUGGUCCAAGUCUCCUAUUAUAGGACGAUUUUGUGGAAAUCAAACUGUACAAAAUACUUACACGAGUACGUCUAACAGCAUUCUGAUCGAUUACAAGAGUUCAUCCAAUUCUUCAAAUGGUGGAUUCACGUUGAAGUACAUAGAAAGUUGUGGUGGAAGAAUAGAAGCCGACGAAGGUAUGAUCGAAAGCAAUCAACUACAAGAAUAUUCGUCACUGACGUCAGAUUGCCAAUGGAUUAUCGUGGUUCCUUUUGGAUAUGGAGUAGCUAUUAAAUUUGAAAGCUUAAACAUGGAGAGUGAAGAGAACUGCACAAAUGAAUUCGUAGAAAUCUUUGAAGGCGAAGGAAGAGAAGGCGAAUCAUUAGGAAAAUAUUGUGGAAACGAACUUCCAGAUAUAAUAUUGUCUACAAACAAUACAGUUACUGUUUGGAUGAAGUCAAGAAAAGAAAGUGAUGCAAAGGACUUUUCACUUUCUUUCCUGAAAGAACUUAACGAAUGCGAAUUACCAGAUAAAGGGGGUUGCAGUGACAUUUGUGUUAAUACAAUAGGAGGUUAUUUUUGCGAAUGUGAAGAAGGAAAAAAAUUGUUUCCUAAUAAGAAAUCUUGUGGAACAUACAUAAAUGAGUGUGGUGGAAUGUUCAACAUUACUGAACCCGUAGUCAUUGCCAGUCCCAAUUUUCCUGAAAGAUAUCCGAAUUACAUCCAAUGCAUCUGGAAGAUUGCAAACGAAAAUGUUCAAUUCACAUUUAUAUUUUUGGACACGGAGAAAGGAAAAAAAAAAUGUAUGGAUAAAAUAGUCAUUACGGGCUCAAAUAUACCUAAAAAGACGUAUUGUGGCAAGAAGAAACCAGCCACUUUCAACGUUACCGGUGUUCAGGAUUUAAAGAUAGAUUUCACUUCGGAUCUAUUGGUUCAGAAGAAAGGAUUUGCAAUUCUCUUAGAAGCAAUUUAAAGCAAUGAAGCUAUUAGCUUUCCUUUAAACAAUGACUCCUGUCUGUGUUUUGUAUAAUAAAUAAAGGGCCUAUACCAAUGA